AUGCUCCACGAUAACCUUCGCCGACACUACCACCACGAGGUACAUGACCUCCACAAACCCAACUGUGUGUUUUCGUCCGAUAUCGCAGAGAAGGUGGCGACAGCUGUUGAUUCAUAUGUUGCUCUAAGGAGCACAGCGAACGAGAGCACCGAUGUAGAUCUAGGCUCGAUGCUAGAGUUCCACAUCAACAUCGAAUUGAACACGCUCUUGGUACGAAACAACUCCCUAAAGCCAACAGAACUCAUGAAAAAUAACCACAUCUGUUUGGCGAAGUCGACGAAUCGCAACAAGCUCAGAAACACUGCUACUGCUAUAGACACUCUUCUCGCAAUUUCACAUACAAAGCCCGUAGAUCCACGGGCACUCCGUUCGGACGAAGUGUUUAUCGUCGACUUGACGUUGCAUGUGCUUCAUUUCAUAGCCAGCUUCGAUUUGGACGAGUUACCGCAGUCGCUAGUGCUUGACAUUGUAGAUGAUGAGACCCACCAGCUCUUGAAUGUGUGCGAUUCGCAACUAAUGGUACAGAUCGAAACGUAUAUAAAACAUAAAUUCAUCCUAGAGGUUGGCAAUCGCUUGGGUCAGCCCGUUUUUGUCCCAAGCGAGACUCUGAGCGAUACAAUAAUCGAAGGCUUGGGGUAUGUCUCGGGAGAUUACUCUGUAAGCGAGACUACUCUUGAAGGAACUGAUAAUGAAAAUGACGGCGAGUUGCCAGACAAAUCCAUUCUUUAUACCAAUGGCGAGUACACUUCUUCGUUGGAGGAUUUGAUCAUACUUCCUUCCAAUGAUACAGUACGAUCGGAAGAAGACGAUGAAAUGACACCAGGAUCGUCGACAAUGUUCGCUUCUCGGCCAAACAGGCUCCGCACAAUUCGGGAAGAAAAGAAGGAGGAGUCCUUUAUCGAAAACAUUAACAAUUUGCGACACAAUGAAGAGUAUAUCAACUUAGAUGAAUUGCAAGAAGUAGAAUGCGAUUACGAUAAUCACAUAGCAGGAAAUUCUGAACAGCUUGGCCCAGGUAUUGAGCUCGAACUUCCACGUUCUAUCGAUUCCGAGUUCACUUCGCCUGCAUCGCCCGCAGGCACCGACAGGUCGCUAAGUAGACAGCUGUCUAUAGCAUCGAACUACUCACCUACAAAAAAAGUGUCGCGAAUGACAUCGUCGCCGUCAUUCUCACUAGUCAACUACGAAGAGAACCACGGCUUGGAGUAUGCCUUCAAAGCUAAAUCACAGUCGGUGCCGAACUACAUCAGGGAAGAUAAGAAAUUCAAAUUUAUCAAGGUGGGAAAGGUGCAAAAAUUCGUUCAUUUAUUUGAAGAGAAGACUGGCUCAAACACUCCGAAGGUGACUCCGAAGUCCAGCAAAGCUAGUACUAGAGCUUCCAGUCCCGAAAGACAAUCAGCAACCUGUUAA